UUUUUAGCACAAUGGACUGAUCCAUUGAGAUCCCGUGAAAGUGGGCGUGUCACUCGGUGCACACUGGGAAGGGAAAAUGGCUGCGCCCAUGUGAGACUGUUAAUCUCCAUCGGAACUACCAAAUCUCACCUCCAUCAGAAGAUGGCCUUUAGACUGCUCACAGUAUUUUCCAGGACUUCUCUGAUGAAGCCAAUGAUCUACAGUGAGACGUUUCAAACCUCUGUGUGUAAACAGAAGCACUCUGCAACAUGGUGGUGUAACCAGCGGACAGUUUCUUCACUCUUGUCCAACAACAGAAGAUUCUACGACUCAAGAAGACAAUAUCAGACGGAUACGAACAUUUCCAAGGACGUGACGUUGUAUCACUAUGAACGGGCGGGUUACUAUCGUCGACUGGGCAUAUUUGGAAUUGCGCAGGUGGUGUUCUGGGUGUACCUGGCACACCUGACAUAUACCACCUGGAGACCGGAAAGACCCGAGGGUAGGGAGAGACAGAAGGACCCAGCGAGGGAGGGUACUGUACCGAAGGAAACCUUCCUCCGCAGACGGCUGGAGAAUAUGUCUGGGUAUGUCACGGGUAACAAGUGGAGGAACGGCAUCAUAGGACUUUGUCUUGUAGCAGGAUCAGCGAUUACCUUCCUCUGUUUCGUGUUCCCCUUGAGAGCCGUCAACCGUGUUGUUCUCCAGCGGGGGGGCCAGAACGUCAGGUUCCUGACCUACGCACCCUUCGGCCUGACACGGGCGUUCACCGUCCCCCUGGCACACGUGUCGGCCGCACAGGGCCGAGGGGGGACCCCCUCACAGAUUCCUGUGAAGGUCAAGGGUCACAGCUUCUUUUACGUGCUUGACAAACAGGGGAAGAUCAGCAACACUCGCCUGUUUGACUUUACUAUUGGAGUCAGUAGGACGUUUUAGGACUCAAUGGGUUUAAGGCCAGACAAAGAAUACUCUUCAGAUUACUAGGAACCUAAAAUUGUGUUGAUGGCAAUGCUGAUUAAACUGUAUUUUUCUAGGUAGUCGUUGACCAUUAAAUUUUUGCCUUAACUUACAGUUCUACUGAUAUGCCAUCGUAUUAAAUUAUGUUUGAGUACAACAUUAAAAUUGUUUGAUAUUCAAA